UGGUAUGUAUGAAUUCAUCUUGAAAUUCCAACAUAUAUUGUACGUUACAUAUCAUGUAGAUUUAAUAAAAAUUGAUCAAAAUUUAAUAAUUCAUAUGAAGAUAAUCAUUGAAUUUGUUAUGAUAUAAUUAAAACAAUUAUUAAUAAAAUGAAUAAUCAAAUAACAUAAUUUGAUUAAAAUAUUCUUCAGGAAUAUAGAUUAUUAAAAAUAAAUUUUGAUAUGAUUGAAAAUUAAAAUGAAAAAGAAAAAGAUAUAUUUUUUAUUCCCUAGACUGAAAGGCUAGGGUCUAGAAACCGAAAUUCACCUGUGUCUGUCUGUCUGUCUGUCGGUAACGCGGUCAAAAUGGCCAUUUUUUUGGCACAAACGGCCAUUUUUUUACUAAAAUUAACUAGGUAACUAUGGUACAAAUGAGCAUGUAACUAUGGCACAAACGGUCAUUUUUUUGGUACAAACGACCACGUAACUAUGGCACAGGUGACCAUAUAGCAACCAUGGUACAAAUGACCAAAUACUAAUUAUGGUCAAAAUGGCCGUUGUAACUAUGGUACAAAUGACCAUUUGGUUCAAAUGCCCACAGUAACUGUGGUACAAUUGCCCAUAGUAACAAUGGUACAAAUGGCCAAAUAAUAACUAUGGUCAAAAUCGCCAUAGUGAUCGUGGUAAUAGUGAUGAUAGUAACACCAUGAUCAAAAAAUCGACUUGGUAAUUAUAACACAAAUGAUCAUACGAUAAUAAAAAUUUAUUCUUGUUAAUAAUGUGAUAUAUAAAUAAACGAAAUAAAAUUCUUUUUUUUUUGUGCAAACAGCGCCAAUACAUAAAUAAAAAUUAUAAAAAUACACUAAUAUUUAUUAUUUGAAAGAUGAACAACGAUAUGAAUGCAAACAAAUCGUCGCAUAAACGUGGUUUCUUCUUCGAUACCCGAGAGGAACGAUUACAACAGCUGGAGAUGAUCUUAAGUAUAUAAUGUAAUCUCAGAGGAUAAAAAUUAUGAGUAAAAUUUUAUUAAGUCAGUAACUUUUUCGAAAAGCUAUUUGAUUAUCCCUUUUGAUCAACUUACUGAUAUGCUUGAAACUUGUUACAAGUUUAUGAAAAAGUAUCUUUGCUGGAAGCUUAAACUUGACAUGAAGUGUUGUACAAUUUCUGGCGAAACUUUCACGGAAGAAUAUAUCCAAGAAAAAAUGGAUGUAUCUUAUGCUUAUUUUGCAGCUGAUUGGAAAUGCAUCCAUUAGAGUGAGAAUUCUCCAAAUUAAGUUUUCUGGUCGCCUAAGAUAUACUGGUCAUAUUAUCAAUUUUUGCGUAUUACUUUUUUAUGUAGCUUUUUAUGCUGUUACAUACGUACAUGCAUUCUAUCAGUCUAGGGCUAAGUGAAUCGCUUGACGAUGAACGUUACUUGUUUAAUUGAUUAUUACGAAAAUAAUUGUUUUGAAUGAAAAACUUUUUUUUGUUUAGAAAUACUUGUAUGUAUGUUUUUGUUCAAAUAGAGAUUAGUUCGUUCGUUUUGAAAAUGAAAAACAAAUUUUUUUAUAUUAACGAUUUUUAUUGUAGAUUUCACAUGAGUCUUUCUCCAUUUCUGGAAUCCCUUUUGGAGUUAUACCACCAAGAUUGUGUAUCGAACCUCCACAAAAUUAUUGUUGCUUGUCACUAUGUUUUUUUGAAAAGUGGUUAUUUAAUAACAAAUCAUUUGGGUGUAAAAAGUAUGUCUUUGGGACUUUUGUUAUUUUUUCUUAUCUUUAUAGCAAAAAACAGAAAUUAUUUACCGGCAAAAGACACCAAAUGGUCGACUUAUGUUAAAUUAUAGUGAUAAUACAAAUACUUUCACAGUACAUUAUUACAUGGAACACAACGAGUUUGUUAAUGUUUACUUUGAACGUGGUGCAGAUUUUUUCACGUAUAAAAUACGUCUUGCUACUUAUGUUCAAAAUCAUGUACUACAUGCACUACCUGAUUUCGAAGAAAGAUUACAAAGAAAAAUCAGCUACUUUACAAAUAGUUUACAUUAA